AUGACAAGAACAGACGAGGAGACCGCCAGUGGGAAUUUGACAGAUAGACAGUUGCUGCUUCAGUGUCAGCCAUCUGCCGCAGUCCGGAGCACCGCCGCAGCCAGCGCCAUAGCGGGAGCGGAAAAUGGAGGACAGAAACAACACGAAUUCAACAUAUACGUGAAAACAAGCCUCGAUUCAAUACUCCAAAAGAAUACAGUCCACUUUUAUUGGACUGUUGACAACAGCCUACCAGAACUAAACUAUCUUGAGAGGAAGUUGUGA